CGGGGGCCUGGGCCUGGGCCUGGGCCUGCGGCUGCGCCUGCGCCUCCUCCGGACUGACUGGGCCUCGGGCCUCGGGGUACCAGCUGCCCUUUUGCCAUCUCACCCAAGCAGCCAUUCUUCACAUCACCUGUGAACCAAGAUUUGAUAAGAGCUGUUCGAAAUCGUGAGGGGCUGGGACAUUGUAGAUAGGGAGAAAACGUUCCCAAUCGAUGGAAGCAGUAAGAACGAGAGGGCGAAGAUUUAAGGUGGUUGACAAACGAAGCAAUGGUGACAUGAGGAAGAUCUUUUCAACACAUCGUGUGUGGUUAGGAUCUGAAUCAUGCUGCCUGAGAGUAUGGUGGAGGCGUUCAAAAUGGAAUUAGACAGUUCUCUGAAGAUGAAGAAUGUGCAGGAUUAAGAGAAAAAGCAGGGGAAUGGUAACAGGUGGAGUUUUUAAAACAGGCAACGAUGUCAUCUAUUAUGUCGAACGAAGCUGCCAUGUGUCUGAGGAGGAGUCUCUGGCAGUUUUCCUGGUUACAGUUUGUUCGUCAUUGUAGCUGCAAAAGGGAAAUACCCAAUGACAGAGCAUCAGUCAAACAGCAGCCCACAGUUAAAUCUGAGAAGGCAUCAAAGUCAAGUAAGAGCCACGAACGCGACUUCAAUAAGUCAGAACUGGAUGUUAAAGGUAAUGCAAAGAGAUUAACUGAGUUCCCAAAGAGCUUCCAUGGGCCUGCUGCAUUCAGAAUGGCAAAGAGGCCAGAAAUAAAUCUUCCCACUGGAACUUCAAGGAAACAAGAUGAUGCUGGUUUUAUUCAGGUGUCUCGAAACAUCUCCAAAGUCACAUACACACGAUCAAACUCAAAACCUAACCGUGUCCGUAACUUGGAAUUUCUCAACCUUAGAGACGAUGAUUUUACGAAAAGAAAAAUGCCAAAGAUCUCUCAACCCCUCGAUAGGGAAAGGGGUUCAGAGAUGUUAUUUGGCAUUGCACCCUGCAGCCUGGCACUUUCCCAAUCGCGCAGAAAGGUUUUCAAGCUGUUUGUUAAGGAAAAUCGAAGCUGGCGAACUGAAAUGCAGGGGAUCUAUGAGCGAGUUAGGGAAAUCGGCGUGCCGGUACGUCAGGUGAUGAGAAAGGUGCUUGAUAGGUUAUGUGAGGGCCAAGUUCACCAAGGCAUUUGUCUCGAGGUGACACCACUGGACUAUGUGAACUAUGAUCAAUGCUAUUCAACUGAUAUUGAUGGUCCUGCAUUUGAACGCAGUGACAGACCGAUCUUGUGGCUGGCACUGGAAGGAAUCCAGGACCCCAUGAAUAUGGGAGCUGUGCUUCGAUCAGCACACUUUCUUGGGGCAGAUCUUGUUCUCGUAAGUCAGCAAAACAGUUGUUCUCUAACACCGACUGUGAGCAAAGCUAGUGCUGGAGUUGUAGAAGUUAUGACUGUAUAUUGCACGCCUAGUUUGCCACAAGUGCUAAAGGCAAAAGCAGCCCAAGGCUGGCAAAUAGUAGGAACAGUUGGAAAGUCUACAAAGGAUGCCAGUGCACCAAUCAUCCCUUGUGCACAGUUCCAGUGGAAUAAACAGACCAUCCUGGUUUUAGGAAAUGAAGGUUUUGGCCUUUCCGAUGAAAUCGAAAGCCUUUGUAACGCAAUGCUGACAAUACCAGCAGGUAGAAGCUUGCAACCUGGGAUUGAAUCCUUAAAUGUGUCUGUUGCUGCAGGUACCACCAAGAGGAUGUUGACGACAUGGAUCUUCAUGCUAAUUUUGCUCUGGAGGCGUGGAUCAUCUUCAUUGGUGGUACAUUUAUCCAGCUUGCGAGGCUGUUUAGAAAGAUCGUUCUUUGCCUACCCCGAUCUCUCUUACCAUCGACCUUCCUUCUUCACUACCUCUCCAAAAGGUGUUCCGCUGCGUGCUUAUAUAAAUUUAUGCUGGUGUGUGGCAGUCUCAGAGCAAAACAUGCUGUGCCAGAGCACGUCAUCACAAGAAUUGUUUUGUCUACUUCAGUUUUCUUUAAUGCAUCGCAAGCACCUAACUUCCAGGUGUCGGGAAGAACAGCGAACGGCAAGCAUGGCAACACAUUCCACGUCUGCGCUGGUGAGGUUGUGAGCCCCUGUAGUCGGUGAGGAGCCUCAGUAGAUGGGAAUACGAAGCUUUAAUGUUGUAGCCUGACUGAUGGGUCCAAUCUGUAUUCAUGUCGGGGAGUUCUCUGGGGCAAUUAGGGAUAGGGAAUAAUGGCUUGGCUUGCCUUGCCAGCAAUGCCCAUAUUCCUUGAACGAAUGAAGAAGUGCAAAAUGAUACAUUUUGGAAGGAAGAGCAAGGAGAGGCAAUAUAAAACGAAAGGUACAAUUCUAAAGGGGGUGAUGGAACAGGGAGACUGGGGUCAUUUAUGUGCAUUAAAUGAUUGAAGGUGACAGGGCAGGUUGUGAAAGUGGUUAAAAAGGCAUACAGGACUCUGGGCUUUAGAAAUAGAAGGAGAGCAUAAAAGCAAGAAAGUUAUGGUGAGGAAAAUCUGUUUUUUUAUGCAUGAAAUAGUUAUGACCUAGAAUGCACUGCCUGAGAGUGUGGUGGAGGCAGAUUCAAUCAUCGCCUGCAAAAGGGUAUUAGAUAAGUGCCUGAAUUUGCAGUACUAUGGGAAAGGGCAGGGAGCAGAACUAGCUAAAUUGCACUUGCAGAAAUUCAGCAUGGACUUGAUGGACCAAAUGGCCUCCUUUCUGCUGUAACCAUUCUAUGAUUCUAUUAGAGAAAAAGAUUUCAUUCUGCUGUAACCAUUCUAUGAAGCUUAAUA